CACGCGGUCUCCCGGGCCAGGCCGGGCCGGGCCGGGCUCGAUGGCUACGUGGAGGCGGGACAGCCGGCUGACCGGCAGUCAGCGGCUACUGUGCGCGGGGCUGGCGGGGACGCUCAGUCUCAGCCUCACAGCGCCCCUGGAGCUCGCCACCGUGCUGGCCCAGGUCGGCGUCACACGAGGCCACGCCCGGGGACCAUGGGCCAUAGGGCGCUGGGUGUGGCGGGCCGAGGGGCCCCGAGCCCUGUGGAAGGGGAAUGGGGUGACAUGCCUGCGCCUCUUCCCCUACAGCGCUGUGCAGCUCGCCGCCUACCGCAAGUUUGUUGGGCUGUUCACAGAUGACUCAGGCCAUAUUUCCCAGCAGAGCUCCAUUGUAGCUGGGAGUCUCGCAGGCAUAGUCUCCACCAUUGUGACAUAUCCUACAGACCUCAUCAAAACCCGGUUGAUUGUGCAGAACAUGCUGGAACCGACUUACAAGGGAAUCUUCCAUGCUUUUUCUACUAUUUAUCAACAGGAAGGGUUCCUGGCCCUUUAUCGAGGGGUUUCCCUCACUGUUUUAGGUGCUCUUCCAUUCUCCGUGGGCUCCCUUCUUGUUUACAUGAACCUGGAGAAAAUCUGGAACAGACCCCGAGACCAGUUCUCUCUGCUGCAGAACUUUACCACUGUCUGUCUGGCUGCUGCUGUGACCCAGACCCUCUCCUUUCCCUUUGACACCGUGAAGAGAAAGAUGCAGGCUCAGAGCCCCUAUCUUCCCUACUAUGGAGGUGUAGAUGUUCAUUUCUCAGGAGCAGUGGACUGCUUCCGGCAGAUAGUGAAGGCCCAAGGGGUACUGGGGCUCUGGAAUGGAUUGACAGCCAACUUAUUAAAGGUAGUUCCAUAUUUUGGAGUUAUGUUUAGCACUUUUGAGUUCUGCAAGAGAAUCUGUCUUUAUCAAAAUGGUUACAUCGUGUCUCCUUUGAGCUAUAAAUUGACCCCAGGAGUCGACCAGAGUUUGAAGCCCCAAGAAUUAAGGGAAUUAAGGAAGUUCUUCAAAACUAGAAAACUAGAGUCUAAAAAACCAACAAUGUAGAACUGAAUGGAACUAGAAGCACACUAGCUGAACACAUGUUGAAAUUGGAGAUAAAUGUAGUCUCAUAAUUGUCCACUUGAAGAGUAAUAAGAGGGUAUUUCUGGUUGCCAUUUUUGGAAAUUACACAAUUUGGCCACAUACGUCCUUAGAGUCCCGUGAACACCUGUGCCAUGAAGUUUCUCAACACUACUAUGUCUUGACAGCCUCCUACCAGAUUUUAUAACCAACACAUAGCAGUGACAAAAUGUGCAAUUUACCUUCUGAAUAGAAACACAACACGAAAGGGCAUUGCCACGACAGCUCAAGUAACAAGUAGAUGAAAUGAUCAAGUAGAAUCUAUGUCACAAACUCAGCCACAGGGUUACUCACAGUUGAUGCAAAGCUCACACAAACUGCUGGCCUAGUUUUGGUCAUUUCACCUGAACCCAUACCAGUUGUUCUUGAAUUCAUAACUUUUGCUAACUUCUGAGAGCACACACUAUAAUAUAGAUUAGACCUUAACAGAAACCAAAUGAAAACAUUUAACUUUUAAAAGUUAACCACACCAUAGUAGAACCAACCUCUAUUGAAAUAUGAAGCAUCCUAGGCUUAGAAUCUAUGCUUCAGGAAGGCAGUUUUUACCAUGACUGCAAAAUUAUGCCCCAUAGAUCUUCUGACUAAAAUCACGUACAGUUCAAAUGGCCUGAAUUCUCUGCCUUUUUCACUUGCUUUGCAAGCCUACCCUGAAAAUAAAUUAUUUAAUCAUGUUAUUCUCACAAGAUGUCCUAGUUGCCUAGGAAGAAUCAAAAGGAACAUUUGACACAUAUCCCCCUAAAAAAGUAACAGAAUAAAAGCACUUUAGGCUAAUAAUCUGUACUGAAUUUUUAAAAGUCAAAUUGCAU